GGGCUACAAGAGCGUGAUGACGUAGCACGGCGGCCCUUUCCUCGGUGCGCGCCGCGAGCCUCUGCUCUGUGUCGCUUGCAGGAUGAAGACCAUCCUCAGCAACCAGACGGUCGACAUCCCCGAGCAAGUGAGCGUGGCGCUGAAGGGCCGCACCGUCAUCGUCAAGGGCCCGCGCGGGACCCUGCGCCGCGACUUCAACCACAUCAACGUGGAGCUCUCGCUGCUGGGCAAGAAGCGCAAGAAGUUACGGGUUGACAAAUGGUGGGGUAACAGAAAGGAGCUGGCAACAGUUCGCACAAUUUGCAGCCAUGUGCAGAACAUGAUAAAAGGUGUUACACUGGGCUUUCGUUACAAGAUGAGGUCCGUGUAUGCUCACUUCCCCAUCAAUGUAGUUAUCCAGGAUAACGGCUCCCUUGUGGAAAUCCGAAACUUCCUGGGAGAGAAGUACAUUCGCAGAGUGCGCAUGAGACCAGGUGUUACCUGUGCGGUGUCUCAAGCUCAGAAGGAUGAACUGAUCCUUGAAGGGAAUGACAUUGAAUUGGUCUCCAAUUCAGCUGCCUUGAUCCAGCAGGCCACUACAGUCAAGAAUAAGGAUAUCAGGAAAUUCUUGGAUGGUAUCUAUGUUUCCGAGAAAGGAACAGUGCAGCAGGCAGAUGAGUGAAACUCUGCUGGUUGUCCAGAUCUUAAACCACAAACUACCAUGAGAUAAACUAUCAACAGAGCACUCUAUCAAGCAGACCACCCUAUCAGGAAGUAUUGGAUCUGGUGUAAAAAUGGAGCAAGAUGAGAGAUUAAAUAAAAUACAUCUUAUUUCAUAUUUUGGUUCUUUUUUUUAAUAACUAAAUGGUGAUGGCUAUGAAUGUUCCUAAGACUACUUUGGGGAAUUUCACAGGGUAAUACAGCGUUGCAUUAGUGCUGUGGGUGUGUUUACCUGUGUUGUGUUUUUUUUUAACCCUUCUCUGAGAACUUAAGGAAUCUUAAGUCAAUUUACAUAGGGAAACUGCAAUUAUACAAACCAAAGUAAGUUAAAAACUAAAUCUGGGAGCACUAGAACUAAAUCCCCAAUAUUGUAUUUAAAUUGGAGAGAUUGAGAAGCCUGAAAACACAAUGUUUUUGCAGUAUUAUUGAUGCAGGAAAACCAAGGGCUCUGCCUCUGGAUUUGGCUAGAGCCGAUGGCUGAAUUUCAGUGAUAGUGAUAUGUGUCAUCUGGGAACUGUAGUUCCUGUUCUGUGGACUUUCUUGUUUGCUAGUCUUAAUGUAGCAACAAAUUGUUGGGAUUUUGUGCUGUUACUUGGUAUAUUCAAACUGUGGGAGAUAAAAAUCACCUUAAAGAAGAGACGAGGAUAAUGCAAAGACAUAUUUGGCAGCAAACUGCUAAAGCUCCAUAUUGAGGGAAGAUUCUGCAUGUGCAUCAUGAUAUACAUUGAGGAUAGUUUUUAAGAUGUGGUUCUCAUUUUUAAGAUGUGGUUCUCAUGCCAUUGAGAUUGUUGCACUAACUGCUGUUAAAAUGAAUAAGGAAUUCAAGGUGGUGAGUAUUGUUACGGCUGUAUUUUGAUUUCCAGAUGAUAAAUUUGACAACCGCCCCCGCCCCCAAGUUGCUGUGGGUAAUAACUAGUCAGUGUCCUUGGGUAUUGAAGAGAUACGUGCAUGUCUAACCCAGGUACUGCUUGCUGCACUAGCAGAACACGGGCCAGAGUCUCCAGUCACUAGUGCUUACAUUUUAUGAACCUUGCUCAGUGUUAACAUACAUUGAAUCAUAAGAAAUACUCCCAUGCACUUAAAAAAAACCUUGGG